AUGUUGAUGGCGUAUAUGAAACAUAUUUGUGGCAUGUUCAGAAUCGCCAGUUAUCGUAUCGAGCAAGCAUUACCAAACGACAUUACACGAAAAAUAAGUGUGAAGAAUGAGACAACAAUUUAUAAGGAAAUAAUUUGCGCAGUGGACAUUCAUCGAAAGGCUAUGAAGUUGAUUUUUCAAAUUGUGUCAUUCGGCGGUAACACAGAGGAAUUUUUAUUACACUGUAUAUACUCAAUUGCUAUUUUCAUGUAUAUGCUGUUGGGUAACUAUUUCGGGCAGGAAAUGAUGGAUCAUAGUAAUCAUGUGUUCCUAACCAUAUACAACAUCCAAUGGUACAUAACACCUUUACACAUACAAAAAAUAAUAUUGUUCAUGUUGCAAAGAGGCAGCAAGACCUGCAGCAUGAACAUCGGUGGACUAUUCAUUGCAUCCUUGGAAAAUUUCUCGACGUUAUUUAGCACGUCGAUAUCCUACUUUACCGUCCUGUAUUCGACUCAGAAAUGA